GUGUCUCGCAUAUACAUACAAGCCACCCAACCAACCAGCUCACGAGACUCCUAAGACGUCACACCUGAUCCCAGCCUUUUUUCACCUUGGCGCUUAUCUUAUCCGUACAUACACCAACCUACCUUACCAGUCUUUCCUCACUCUCAUUCAUCCUCACUCAACCAACCAACCACUCACACAAACCAUCGCAUCGCAUCGCAUCGCAACUUCAUCAGCGCAAACACUCUUCUUCUUCAACCCUCUUAUUCUUCAUCAUGGGCCGCCACGGCGUCAAGAAGCGCCUCUACCUCAGCCCUCCCGACCCCGACAUCGUCACCCGCCAAACCCACGUCACCCGCUACAUCCCCGAAUCCCCAUCCCCAUCGCCCCCUCCCGUCGAAUACAUCACCCUCCCACCUCGUCCCCCGCCAGCAAUCAUCCAACUCCCCCCUCCGCCGCCUCCCACGCUCCCUCCAGCGCCGAUGCCUCCUCCUUCUCCUUUUCCCGCACCCGUCUACUCCCUACCUCCUCUGCGCCGGCCCACCCCCGAACCAGAAUUCAUCGAAGUAAUCGCCGUCAGCGAGGACGAAAAGGACGACAAGAAAAAGAAGAAGAAGAAGAACAAGGACAAGCACCACCACCGCUCCAAGUCCCGCUCCUCCGUCUCCAGCCACUCCCGCAGCCGCAGCCGCAGCCACCACCGCCACCGCGACGACGACGAAUUAUCUCGCUACCACGACCGCGACAGCCAUCGCGACGUCGAGGAGUCGCGCGAUAGAGAAGUCUACAUCGAGAGGGAGCGAUACGUCCCCUACCCGGUCCCCGUCCCCAUGGAGCCUCAGUACAAGACGUAUCGCUACGUCGACGCCCCGCGCAGCCCCGCCCGGCGCCGGGCGUCAUCGCCCUCUCCGCCGCGGUAUAUCGAGGAGGAUCGAGAGCGCGAUUAUAAUAUCCGUAUAAAGGAUCGCGAAUACCGAUACGACUAGUGCUUUUUGAAUUGACAGCUUCUUCUUCUUUUUUUUUUUUUUUUUUUUCGUUGUCUGAUAUUUCGAUAUGGAAUUGCUUUUUUUUCGGGGGAAGGAAAGGUUUACAGAGGGACGACUUGGGAUUGUCUACUUGCAAUACAUCUAUUUGCAAUACAUGUAUGGAACGGCUCCCAUCUUAUAAAUCUAAGAGUACAUAUGGGAGAAUCACGAUGUAACGAAAUAUUACGUUUUACCACUUGGGUCACAUACCCCAUAACGAAUGCAAUUUACGUCACGGAUGGUUAUUGUUUAUAAAUAGUAGUCUUCAUUUUCAUCCUUUUUGGCUCUCAUUUCUGCGCUCGUAAAUUUCGUAAAUUUCGUAAAUUUCGUAAAUUGCUCAAGAUUAACGCGCAUG